CCUCGAAGAGCACCGGAAGCUCUUCUGCCCCUAGCAACGGCGGCGGCGCGGCCGUAGCGACGGGGCCGCCAUGCCCGUGUGGCUGCGGGAGUACAGCUGGCGGCAGACCGCCUCCGCCGUGUACCUCUCGCUGCCCUUGCGCGGCGCCCGGGUCACCGCCGCCAACAUCUUCUGCACCGAGCAGUACCUGAAGGUAAGCAUCCCUCCUUUCUUAUUUGAAGCCGUUUUAUAUGCUCCUAUUGAUGACACAAAUAGCACAGCAAAGAUUGGAAAUGGAAUCAUUUUCUUCACUUUGUAUAAAAAAGAAGUGGCCAUGUGGGAUUCCCUAACUCUAGUAAAUGCUGACAAGGAGAAACUGCAAUAUCUGAGAGAGAAUGCUGUUCUAAAAGCUCAUGAAAAGGCAAAAGAGGAGGCAGAAGCAAAAAAAGUUGCAAAACAGGAACACAAAAAAUAUGCUUUGGAGGCCACAAUGAAGCUAGAAGAAGCAGAAAGAAAAAGAAUUGAAGAUCUGAAAGAAAAGGAGCGUCGGAAGGUUACUAAGGAGUUGGAGUUAUGGAAAAAACAGCAAAGAGAUGCUGAGAAACAAAAGAGGGUACAAAAAGAAGGGGAACUGCAUCAAGAAGCAGAGCAGUUAAAGGAGAGGAAAAAGGGGAAAAUGAGCAAAGCUAGGAUUCCUACUGAAGGAACUUCUAAGACUGGACUCAAACCUACUGGAGGUCAUGGUUCCUAUAGUAUGUUUUCAGAAGAUUUAAAGGAAGAGCAGUUACCAGCUCCUCGAUCUGCUGCUACAAUUAAAAUCAACUUUACAUCACGAGUUUUUCCUACAGCUCUGCGAGAAUCUCGUGUCGCAGAAGAGGAGGAGUGGCUAUGUAAACAAGCAGAAGCUCGAAGAACAGUGACUGCUGAUUUGUCUGAACUGGAAGAUUUAAAAGAAGAGGAGAAGAACCCAGACUGGUUAAAGGACAAAGGAAACAAAAUGUUUGCAACGGGCAACUAUCUUGCAGCUGUAAACGCGUAUAACCUCGCAGUGCGGCUAAACAAUAAGCUUCCCCUACUGUACCUGAAUCGUGCUGCUUGCCACCUUAAACUGAGAAAUUUGCAUAAAGCUAUUGAGGAUUCCUCGAAGGCGCUAGAACUAUUGACACCACCUGUUCCCGAUAAUGAGAAUGCUCGAGUGAAAGCAUAUGUGAGACGUGGAACAGCAUUUUGUCAGCUGCAAUUAUAUACUGAAGGUCUCCAGGAUUAUGAAGCAGCUCUCAAGAUUGAUCCUAAAAAUAAAACUAUAGAAGAAGAUGCUGAGAAGAUUCGAAACCUAAUUCAAGGAACAACACAGGAUUCUUAAUUUAAAAAAAUUAAAAGGAGGUUUUUGACAGGAACACCUUUUGAGGGCAUCAGAAGGAAUCUUUAAUACGUUGUCAACUAGACAUUUUUCUGUUUCACUCAGAACACCUACAGUAUUGGUAAAAGAUUGGAUAUAUGAAUUACUAUUUUUGGAAAGUAUAGUAUUAUAACAAAUACGAUUAGAUAUAUUUUGUAUCAUUUUGAUACAGUUGUAAUGUUUUUGCUUUCUCUGAAAUAUUGGUGGGCCAAAUAUUAAAACAUGCUUUUGGGACUUGAUUUAAAGUUACUCAUAACUAAAUGAAAUAUUUGCCUGGAAAUAUCUCCUGAAUCUAGACAACGGAUUUUCAAACAACUUCACUAGCUCCAUAUAGUCAACACCUGUUAGCUUCUUGUCUUUUUGUUCUCCACCAAAGCUGAAAAAGUUAUGUGUUAUAUGAUUAUGGUUAUAUGCUUUCCUCUUUUCCUAUUGUUCAUAGUGCUUGCUGUAUCUGAAACUAAGACCGUGAAUAUAUAUGCUCUAAUUCAGGCAUCUAAUUUGGAAAACCUCCACCUGGAAGCACAGAGGUAGAUACUAUGUAGUGCAGAACAUUCUUUUUAGCGUUAAGUAAGGUACAUUGAAUAUUUUCAGACUAUUAUGAAACAUUUGUUUGGGCUGACCGAACAAGGUAAUUGGAAAAAUUAUAAACCUGUGGUGUUGUAUUGUAGUGUAGUGGUAAAUUAAUCCUGUGAUAAGUUGUCCUAUCAAUGAAUAUGACUUACUACUUCCAUCCUACUACAAUUAGUAAUCUUACAGUGUGGCUGUACAGCAUAUUCUGUAAAAAUCAAAACCGUUGUUAUUUAUAUGACAAUAUAUACUUUUCUUGAGCUAGCAUUUUAAUUUGUACUCUGUUAACAUUGGCCAGUAUCUCAUGAAUACUGGUGUGAUUAAAGAUUCUCAAAAAAGGGACCAUCCUAGUAACAUUACAAGUGUUGUAAAAUUACAUGACACUGUGCUUUGAAGCCCUGCACCUGUUGUUUUCGAUAGUGGAAGAAUGUUAAUAUAGAAUUGUAUUGUUUAUAUAUAUGUUAGUAUUUGUAUUCUUGUGACAACCUGAGACACUGGACUUGAAAUGGUUCUGUUUUGUUAGGCAUUUUAUCCAAAAUGUGACUGUUUCAACUACACUCCUUUCAGUGGCAGCUUUAGCAGAUUUCUGAAUUUUGCACAUCAGUCUGUUCCCUGAAUACCAUUUAUGACUGAUUUCUGUCUUCAGGAGAAAAUAUUUAUUGUGCAGAUGUAUGUUACUCUGUGUAAUUUUUGUACUCUUGGAACAGGGAGAAGGUGGUGGGCAUCGCUGCCAGCUGCUUUACUUAGAGCCUUGAGAGGAGUGCUGAAGGUGAGCCAGAAAUGUCUGGGGUAGCUGCUGUUCCUUCUUUCCUACAGAUACCUACUGCGCUGCAAUGGAAGGGGGUGAAAAUACCUUUUUUUUUUUUUAAUAGCAGUUGGAAGGAGGGCAGUGCAGGAGCUUUAACGCCUCGUUUGAGUGUAAUGGUAUACUUGCCAAAAUACGACUGUUUUCUUUCUUAUAAUUACUGAGGGGAAGGUGGGGCUAAAGAGGAGAGACACUGGCAGUGGGGGAAAAAAAUAUGCUAAGAAGCAGAUGCUGAUUGCAAGUUCCUGAUUUUCUGUGUUCGUUCCAGAGCCUAUUAGAACAGUCUGUAUACAUCUGUAUAGGCUGUUUGAAUUGUAGUGAUCUGUUAUAGCUACUCAAGGCUGUUUUUGAUGUAGACAGGCACCUUUUUCUACUGCUGUGAAAUAGAAAUGAUAUCUGCCUGUUUAAUCCGAUUAUAUUGGGAGCAAACGGAUGCUAAACUUUUCGAUACUUAAGCUGACAGUAUGUACACCGUAUCAGUCAUAUGUGUUAUGGUAUUAUGUCCUGAGACGUAGGAAUGUGGAGACUGACUUUCAGUUUUAAAACCAGAAAAUACUUUA